AUGACGGUUCUCAUCUCGGCACCCCUCCUCUACUUCCUCAAACCGCGCAUCCCCCUCUCCCAAUCCUCCGCCGUACGCCGAAUCAACCUCAACUUCAUCCAGCUCCCCUCCUUCUGGAUGCUCCAGAUCGGCAACAUCCUCCAAUCUCUCGGCUACUUCCUUCCCUACACCUACCUAUCCACCUAUGCCGUUCAACAACUCCACGUCUCUACAACCGUAGCAACGACCCUCCUCGUCCUCAUCAACGUCACCUCCAUCCCCGGCGGCAUCGUCAUGGGUAGUCUGGGAGAUCACCUCCGCGUCACCACCGUGAUCCUCAUCUCGACUAUCGGUUCCGCGCUGGCAGUAUUUCUGUUCUGGGGGUUUUCGAGUCAGACGGCGCUGCUAGCUGUCUUCAGCAUCACGUACGGCUUCUUCGCUGGAGGAUUCAGUUCUACCUGGUCUGGAGUGCUGUCUGAAUUGAAGGCUGAGAGCCCGGCGGUGGAUACGGGAUUCAUCUUUGGGUUGUUGGCCGGUGGAAGGGGAAUUGGCAACGUGAUUAGCGGUCCGCUGAGCGUAGCUCUGCUGACUGGGGAUGGAUGGAUAAAGGAUGGCAAGAGCUGGGGUUACAGCGGACAGUAUGGCGGCAUUAUCCUGUUCACGGGUGUUACGGCAAUGUUGGGCGGAUGGGGUGCACUUGGUAGGGUCAAGUGCAUUUACGCCAGGUAA